CGCGCGUGUGACGCAAAGCGGAAGUCUCGUGGUCGCACGUAUGUGACGCAACGCGGAACACUGACGUUUGUUGAUUUUUGGAUUCACACGGACUGGUGAUAUUUUUAACUGUAGUAUUUAUUUAUGAUUUCAGCCAUGUUUGUCAGGCAAUGAAAGUGCCGUUUAUGCCACUCCGCCUUAAAGACAUCGAAGAAAGCGGCGCUUCAUCGUCAGCGUUUCAGUGUGGGAUCAGCUGUGUUUGUGGCGAUGGCUGUCCUGUUUGCGGUGGUGGCUCGAGGAUCCACUGUCCUGGCUAAACACGCCUGCUUCUCUGGAAACUUCCUGGAGGUGACGGAACAGAUCCUGGCCAAAAUCCCCUCGGAAAACAACAGGCUGACGUAUUCCCAUGGCAGCUAUCUCUUCCACUACAUCUGCCACGAGAGGAUCGUGUAUCUGUGCAUCACCGAUGACGAGUUUGAGCGCUCGCGUGCAUUCGGGUUCCUGAACGAGGUGAAGAAGCGCUUCCAGACCACCUACGGCUCGCGAGCUCAGACCGCGCUGCCCUACGCCAUGAACAGCGAGUUCUCCAGCACGCUGGCUGCGCAGAUGAAACAUCACUCGGAUCCCAAAGGCUCAGACAGACUGACUGAAACACAGAUGCAUGUAGACGACUUGAAAGGCAUUAUGGUCCGGAACAUCGAUCUCGUCGCUCAGAGAGGAGAGAGACUCGAGCUGCUCAUCGAUAAAACGGAGAACCUGAUGGAUUCUUCCGUCACCUUUAAAACUACGAGCCGUAAUCUGGCCCACGCCAUGUGUAUGAAGAACCUGAAGUUAACCGUCAUUGUCGUAGUAGUGGUGCUGGUGGUGCUGUAUUUCAUCGUGACGGCCGCGUGUGGAGGACUGAGCUGGCCGAACUGUCGGAAGCAGUAGAUUCUCCCUCAGUAUGUGAGAGCACUUGUUCUGCUCCUCUGACUAGAGCCUCACAAACACAGCACAGCACUGAACUCCUGCUGUGUUUCCUGUGCUGUUCCAAACAAUACUUCAGCAUCAUCGCCUUCCCAUGUUGAUCGCUAUCGGAUAUUUUUGAGUCUUUGGGUUCUUUUCACGAUGUUGUAAUGCAGUUCAACUACAUGAAGAAUUUAAAGGAGUAGUUCACCAAGAAAUUAAAAUUGUCAUCGUUUUUUUUUCUGUAAAACACGAGAUGUUAAUGCAUACUGCUCCGUUCCAUUCCAUGAAAAUAAAAGGGGAUUUAUUCUGUUUAGUUUUAGAAAGUGCCAUAAAAUUAUCAUAAAAGUUGUCCGUAUGACUUGUGUACUGUAUUCAGUGUUUACUGUACAGUGUAUACUAGCUUUAUGUGAGGAACGAAACUGAAGUCAUUAUUGACCUCUUCAUUAUUGUAGAGCUUAAUUCUCAUUUGCUGUUGCAUUUUGCAGAUGCUGCACAUGCCAGUCUGUCACAUUACAUGCGGGACACAUCCAAAUUUACAUUUUUUUAACACAUAUUCAUUAUUAUUAAAGUACAAAUAGUUAGUUGAGAUAUUGAAGUACUUGAAUAGUGAAUUUCAGUUGGGUUUGUUUCUUCCACAAAGCUAUUGUAAGACUUGGCAUAUCGUGUGUGUGUUAUGGACUACUUUUAUGAUACAUCAGUUUUAUGAUCUGUGUCCUAUUUUAUUGCAUGGAAAAGCAGUGUAAAUCAUCCACUAACCACCUCGGUUUUGUGUGUUUCAUGGAGGAAAGUAAAGCAGGACUGGAACGACACGAGGCUGAGAAUAUGAGUGCAUGACUUUUCUAGUUUUUGGUGAACUACUCAAGCCAGCGGUUACUAAUCCUCUUCAUAAUUUACAGCAGAAGAGCUUAAAGAGCAAUAAUGAAAUAGAAACUGAUGAGUUUUGAGAGCGAUGACCUGGCACUUGUAUUUGCUCUGUUUUAAUUAGGUUUGCUUGCAACAGUCAUGAUAUGAAUGUAAUCAUUUACAUUUAUAGUUAACUUACUAAAUGUAUUUUCUACAGAAUUAACUAAUGUCAGUCACCAAGAUUGUUUGUGAUUAUUGAGUAGCAUAUGAAGUAGUUUGUCUACUUUAAAGUAGUCGUGAGAUAUUGUUCGCACAGCGCAGAGCUAAUUGAAUGAAAAAACUGCAUGUUUUUGGGUGAAUCUCGCAAAACCUGUCCAUGUUUCAGCCCAAAUUAAAGAGCAAAUUAUAUUGUGCGUAAAGAAAAUGAAGCUGGAUCAUGAUGAGGCCUUGUUAUUUUGCAUUGACGUAUCGAGCACAUUUUCCUAAAAUUAUCACAUGAAAAAGAAAGAAUGAAUCAUGUAUAAGCUUCUAAUUCUCACAUGAAAUACAACAGAUA